ACCGGCUCGGCCGCCAUGUUGCUGUCCCGCCAGACACCGCACAGAGCCGGGUCAGUUAAAAUUCUCCUGGCUGUGUAGGGGUCCAAGUCACCAGGACCGAUAAUAGGUACCGGUAGCUUCCUUCCGGUUUCUUCUCAAAUCCGUGACCCCCCUUACCCUGCAUCUUCCGCCACACACAAGAUGGCCGCCGCCAAAAGUCGGGCAAAGCCCCCGGUUCUCUUCCCGUGGUGCAUUGCGUGCGGCAAUUGAAGCUGAUGUGGAAUUCAGGUGCCCAACAUGUACACCCUGCUGUCCGGCCUGUAUAAGUACAUGUUCCAGAAGGAGGAGUACUGCAUCCUCAUCCUGGGCCUCGACAAUGCUGGAAAAACGACCUUCCUGGAACAGAUGAAAAUCCAGUUCAGCCGUAACUACAAGGGAAUGAACUUGUCCAAGAUCACAACCACAGUUGGGCUGAACAUUGGUACCAUUGAUGUGGGGAAGGUGCGGCUGAUGUUCUGGGACCUGGGAGGGCAGGAAGAACUGCAGGCACUGUGGGAUAAGUAUUAUGCGGAGUCGCACGGGGUGAUCUACGUCAUUGAUUCCACAGAUGAAACGCGCCUCUCAGAAUCUAAACACGCCUUUGAGCGUAUGAUCAGCAGCGAGUCCUUGGAGGGAGUUCCUAUCCUGGUUCUGGCUAACAAGCAGGAUGUGGAGACCCACUAGGCUCCUUGCACUUGGGGGAUGAGACCCUGCGUUCAGGCUUGGUACCCUUAUAAUCAGAUAAUUGGAGACUUUCAACACAGAACCUGACUGAUUUGUGAGUAUUCAGCCAGUACCCCACCCAGUGCAGGAUUCAAUGCCCUGUAACUCCCCAAUCAGUUUUUUUUUAUGCCUCUGCCUCUAUUGCAGGUAUAGCAGAGAUAUCCAGUGUGCAGCCCUGUAGCUGUGUGCCUGAGGAUGCUGGGAGUGGUAGUCAAACAACAGUUGGAGAGAAGCUGCCUGGAAAAUGUCCCCUAUCAGAUCCACUAAAUCAGAUAUUUAGUGUAGGUAAAGCUUUAAGGGUAACUUCGCUAUAUAUGAUUUGUUUUGCCAGUGAUGGGUAUAGGGGCACGGUGUUUUGCCUGUGGUAUAUUUCGAGGGCACUGUGUGGGUGCUAGGAUUAAUUGUUUGUUUUUUCCAUCCUGGGCUUUCUUACCCAUGUCAAGCUUUAGGAUGGGCCUUUCACCUUAAUAGAUAACAUGAGCUUGUCCUGUGACUUUCGUGGUACAAUCAUGCUUGAUGCCCAGAGCUCUGGGGGUGGCACAGAAAGAAGAAAAAGCAACCUGUGUGCGUGCCCUCCAAUUCGUCCAAUUGCAUCCAAUCGGAGCGUUCGGUGACGUCAAGUGGGGCGAUUGGUCUGUUUGACGGCGUUCUCUAUUUAACCUGGUAACGAAGGUGCAGUGCAAUGGUGAGACAGUUUCCUGUAAGUGGCCCAGUUGCUAUGGCAGACAUGCUGGAUCCCUACACCUUUGAUGCCCCUUCUACAUACAUUAACUUUAGUUCUUUCCAUGAGGAUCACAAUGCUGACUCCUGGUUCGACAGAGUGACCAAUGCACUUAAUACUCCCCCAAACCAGAGGCCACACUUUGAAACUUUUGCUGUGAAUUCUGGUAAGUGACAAAUAAAUGUGUUUCUGCUGGGAGUGUAAGGGACCCCAAUGCUGAUACAGUGCAGCAUGAAUAUAUUAGCAUGUUCUAAAGAAGCAGCCUUACAAUUGGCAGGGGGCAUUAGGCUGCUCCAGUUAAACAAGUCUGUUUCCUUUAACAGAACACAAGCGCAAGGUGUUGACAACCCUUUCAAAGGAGGCAGUCUCCAAGAGUACUACACAUUUUUGUGAUGUGAAAUCUCCGUCAAUGCGAUCAACCAGGCUCAUGUCCAGGAAGCAUCGGGAAAAGCUUCUCAUAAAAAUGAGAGAGUCAGAUCUUGAGAAUGAGCCACCACAGGCUGACUCCCCGCUGUGCAAACUAAAGGGGUAUGUAUGGCUACUGAAACUUCAUCAGCCCCAGUCAGGGCUGCCAUUAGAAAUCACGGGGCCCCGUACAACAAAAUUUUUGGGGCCCCCUGGGCCCCGCCCACACUGACGACCAAGCUCCACCCCAUAUCCCGCCCACUCCACAUCGCAGUGGUAGUUGAUGCCCUUUUCAAGCCCUGGACUAUACACAUCCUAAUGAACAAACAUAUGUCCGGUAAAUAGUAGCAUGAAUACAGAGGCAUGUUUUUGCCCUGGGGGGUGUUAUGUAAAUACUAAAUAUUAAUGGUAGGGAUGCACCAAAUCCACUAUUUGGGAUUCUGCCCAAUGCCUGGUGAAAGAUUUGACCAAAUACCGAACCAAAUCCUAAUUUGCAUAUGCAAAUUAGAAUCAGGGAAGGAAAAAGAGGUAAAAAGAUCAUCUUCUGUGACGAUUUCCCUACCCGUCCUUAAUUUAUAUAUGCAAAUUAGGAUUUGGGUCCGGCCAAGCACAAGGAUUCGGCCGAGUCCGUCUGAAAAUCCUGGUCAAAUCCCGAACCGAAUCCUGGAUUCGCUGCAUCCCUAAUUAAUGGCCUAUUAUGCCUUGUAAAAAUGGUAAAUAAGAUAAAUAUACCUUGUAAUAAAAUUUAAGUGAACUAU